CCCCCACUCCUCAACACUCGGCCUAGAUAUACUAUGUCUAUGGACCAUACAAUAUAGAUAUCGAUAUACGUAAAGGUUAUUGUAAUAGAUUAAUAUAUACGAAUGUCUUAAGAUUGUGAAAUAUUGAAUCAUAUCAAAUAUGACAUUUAUAUUACGAUCAUUAUCAUUCUGCCUGAAACAAAGACGGAAUGCACCUAUAAGCCAUUUAGUUAGGAUAUCUAACCACGAAAUUCAUACGUCUAAAUGUAUGCUUCAUGGUGAAUAUGAAAUGCAAGAUCCUAAAACAGAGGCUGAUAUAGUUAAUGUCACUUUUAUCGACAAAAAAGGCAAAAGGUUUAUAAUAAAAGGAAAAGUAGGAGAUAAUGUACUUUAUUUGGCUCAUAGAUAUGGGAUUGAAAUGGAAGGAGCAUGCGAGGCUUCCUUAGCAUGUACAACUUGUCAUGUAUAUGUACACCAUGAUUAUAUGGAUAAACUUCCAAUUCCUGAGGAAAAAGAAGAAGAUCUCUUAGAUUUAGCACCUUUUCUAAAGGAAAAUUCUAGGCUGGGUUGUCAAAUAAUUUUGACAAAAGAAUUGGAUGGCAUAGAGCUAAAGUUACCUAAGGCGACUCGAAAUUUCUAUGUGGAUGGACAUACUCCAACUCAUUAAAAAGCUAUCUGUUAAUUUCUUUUUUCAUCCGACCAAGUCAAGCAUGUAAAUAUUAUAUUUGUAUAUGGGUAUAUAUUUCAUAAUAAAUAGCAUAAUUGUGGAAAUUAAUAUGUAAUUUCUUCUUGCUUAUGUGUAUGCAUUUGUUUAUAUAUGUAAAUAUAUUAUCAUAGAUGAAAUAAAUAUACACAGAAACUCU